AUGGCUUCUCCGCACUUGAAGGCUGUGAUAUUCGACGUUGGCGGCGUAGUGUGCCGCAGCCCACUCAUCGCCAUUGAUGAGUACGAACGCGAGCAUGGGCUGCCGAACAACUACAUCAACUGCGCCAUAACCACCCGCGGAUCGCAUGGGGCAUGGCAGAAGUUCGAGCGCGGGGAGAUGCGCCUCGUCUCGUUCUACGCCCAGUUUGGCCGCGAGCUUUCCGAUACGAAGACCAACAACCCUGCGUACGUCGCGUACUGCGCGCGCCGCAAGAUGGUGCCCCCGCCGCGACUCCCGGAGGCAUCGCUGGACAUCGACGGUCGUGAGCUCUUCGGUCGGAUGAUGCGAGAGAGUGGGGUGUUCGACGACGCUGUCGUCGAGGCGAUUAGGCGAAUUCGCGCGGCAGGCAGGUGGCAAGUCAUCGCGCUCACGAACAACUUCUCGAAGGCGGACGCAGACGUGGUCGGCGACGAGCCGCCGUCCAAGGCGGAUGCGCCGUGGUUCACGAGCACGGAGGACGAGCUCAAGUUCCUGGGCUGGCAGGACGGUGCGACGCCGCCGCGGCUCCGCGCCCUCUUCGACGACUUCUGCGACUCGAGUGCGCUCGGGAUGAGGAAGCCGGAGCCCGGGUUCUACCUGCUCGCCUGCGAGCGCAACGGGAUCGCGCCGUCGGAGGCCGUCUUUCUCGACGACCUCGGGAUGAACCUGAAAGCGGCCCAGGCGCUCGGGAUGGAAACCAUCCACGUCCCCAUCGGCGGCUCCCUCGGGGCGCUCGCGAAGCUCGAAGCCAAGCUCGGCAUCGCCCUCACCGACGCGCCACGUCCCCCCGCGCCGCCGCCUUCCCGGCUCUGA